AUGGCAGACACUUCCCUCGAGCGAGAGUCUCCAAACCCAAUCCCGAUUUUACCGUGUGCCUACUCUCCAAUACCUUGCGGCACUCACCACAAAGCCUGGCAGUCUCAACCCGAAACGAGCAUCUCCAUCCUAUCUAAGUUUAAACGAUCGCCUUCCCGCUGGCCUUCCACUGCAGGAUGUAGAAAAAUAUCAAAUUCCAACUCCUGUUCCACCAAACAAACCAUCUUUUCUUCACUACCAGUUGAGCUCAUCCAACACGUCUCAUCCUUCCUGUCUCCUUCAUCAUCCGCUUGCCUCGCCGUAACUUCACACUUCUUCUACGCCGCCCUCGACGGCCGCGCCUGGUCAGCUCUAGCGGCGUCGAAAGACAGUUCGGAGCUCUACUCUCUCCUCCAGCUCCUCCAAAAAGAUGACCCCCGCUACUUCCACUGCGCCCGCUGCUGCCGGCUGCAUCGAAACAUCCACACGCCCAAAAACUGCCCUCCAGCCUCCAACUUAGGUGUGACCUCUAUCGCUUCCCAGAGCGCAGACCCAUCUCAGGCCCUCUUCACCUUCUCUCCCCGCCUCCCCUCUCACCCCCGCUACUCCCUCCUCCACACCACCAUCAUCUCACUCGCCCACCGCCAGAAACGCUGCAUACACGCCCUGGCCUGCACCUGGAGCGGCGCCCUCCCCGCCUCCUCUCUUGGUCUAGGGAAUCGCGGCUACGAGCACGUCUUCUACCUUCACGCCUUUACACCCUUAUUCCACCCCUCGGGCCUUCUACUUCGCGCACGGCACCAGAUCACGCUGCCCGUAGGCGCAACGGGGUUCUCCAAGUCCGACAUCGCGCGGAUCGUGAAAGAGCUGGGAUUGGCAAUCGACGUCCCACCAACGUUCUUGGUGGCGGCGAUCGUGUGUAAGUUGUUGCAUGGGGAGAACGGGGAGAAGCCGUGGUGCAAGAGGGAGUGUUUAGCGUUGUGGAGGCAUGAGUGGGAGCUUGAGUAUGAGGUCAAGAAGGUUGGGGGAAGUGGGUUUGAGAUUGUGACGUGGCAGCGUUUUGUGAAGGAAGGGUGGGAGGGGAAGAGGGGGUUGAAGGGGGCUGGGAUCUCGGAGAAGAUCCGGGAGUGGGAGAGGGCGAGGGAGAGGGAGGUGGGUGUGAAGGGGCAGGAUGCGGAGGCGAGGUUUGAUGCGGUGUUGAGGUAUUGA